UUGAAAGUCUCUCUCCUUUAUCUUUUUUUUAUUCGUAGUAUCCUAUUUUCCUUUUUAGAAGAUGACAUAAAGCUCGUGAAGGACAAUGACAGAGAAGGAUUCAAAUUAGACCAAUCACUCAUGAAUUUCGUCUACUCCGUGAUCUGUUUUGCUGUGGUGUUUACAUGGCACUUCACAGAUAGUCGAGGAUGCCACAUAAACAUAACCAGUCUUAAUGGAACAAUAAGCAUUUCCUCCCUUCCCACGAAGCAAACGAACACUACAGGUUACACCUGCAAGUGGAACAUUCAGCUGUCGACAGUCGACGCACCCCGCCAUGUUGAACUGAGUUUCACUUCAUUUGACAUCGCUGGAGUCAUGCCAGAGUGUUCCAGUGGAAAUUAUAUUGAAUUAUUACUCGGUUGCCAUAAAUCUAAGUCUAUCGGUAAAUUUUGCGGCCAGCUAUCUAUGCCUAUAGUGUAUUCGUUUGAUCACUGUCUCCAAAUAAGGCUUUUCGUCGCAUCUGAUGUCCGGUUUGAGAGAAGCAGUCUGCCAGGUGGUUUGCCCUACUUUACGGCUGUUUUCACCCAACGCUUACUAACAAGAGCCUUGUCGCAGAAUUAUUACGGUUGUGGCAAGGAUUAUCAUGCCAAUGCAAGGUACGGAAAUGUCUUCUCGCCGCACUGGCCUCUACCCUACCCCCGGUACGUAGAUUGUGUAUGGCACGUGACUACGCGGAAAGACUAUCAUAUCAAGCUGCUCUUCUUUGACUUUGACGUCAGAUCAACUAACGCUUGCUCAGAAGCCGACUUCGUAGAAGUGAGACCUGCAAGAAGGUUAGUGACAAAAUCCAAACAAUGUGGAAAAAAGGAACCAUUUGCACUAACGAUUGAAGGAGACUCAGUAUUCAUACAGUUUAAAAGUAAUAUGGUGGCAGGAAAUCGGGGAUUUAUGGCAGGAUUUGUUACCUACAGUGCUGAGACUGCCGGCUUUCAACCUCAACUUCUAAUCAUGCUAGCCAUAAUAUUUUCAACUCUCUUCAUUUUUGCGGGAAAAACUUUAGUUAAGAAAAUGUUAGCGAAAAGACGAUUGAAAAGGAAGGGUGACCUCGUCCAAUCAUCACGACGUUACAGGAUUAGGACUUUCACACCAACAUCACUUGACCAGUCGGUGGAAGAAUCUACGACAAAGGCUGACUUCUCAGGUCUGAUGGGUUCCUCGGCAAGGAACCCCCCAAUGAAAAAUGUCACUUUUGAAAGAGCAGAAACCGAGAGCGAGCCUAGCUCAAAAAAGAGAAAUAACAAUGAAGAUCUGGAGCAAGAAACUGUCUGCUAAUUAAUUACGGCCACAGUGCAGGAUUUUGGUAGCCAGGGACCGGUAGUUAUUUGUCGCCUUAAGAGGAGGGGCGGGGGGGUUCGGGUUGUAGCACGAUAAAAUUUACCUGAUGCCCCCCUUAGGCGUGAUAGUUUUUUUAUGACCCCCUCUUUGGCAGUCACCCAGUUCACCCACUGACGACUGAUCCCCCUCUGUUCCCCUGACAACCAUGUGAUUCUCCAAAAAGACUUCUCCGACUCCUUUCCCCACGGGCGAUGAAUUAUGUCCGUUUGUUCUUAGCAUCAUAAUACCUUGAACGUACGCUCUACAUCUGCCAAGUUCUCUAAGGACUAAAGAGCUCAGACCCCUUUAUUCAGGAUAUUGUGACAAGUUUCUGAGCACAUAAUUAUUACAAAACACACUAGGGUAGUAAAACCUAGUUGAAUACACGACAAAUAGCAUUACGUAGAGCGGUAUUUUUGGAAAGCUCAUGUACUCCUACCAAUUUAACCUAAAAGUGUAAACAGACUUUUAAAAACCUUCUCUGAAGCAUGCUUUUAAAAAUACUAAGCGUUUUGAUUAAACUGAUUUUACUUUGUAACACAAAGCGACUGACUCCAUGACCACUCACUCCUCCCUCAAAGCUCUCCUUUUGAGUUCUUGGUUAAAGAAGAUGAGAGCCUAGUGGUUACCGAGUUAAUUAUUAGAUUUCUCCUUGCUCCGUAUACUACCAUGGGUGGCUAAUUUAUCAUAAAAUCACCAUUAUUAUUGUUUAUAAAAUUUUCUCUGUUGUCGCAGUCUAUUUUAUAAACUGAGUAUUUUUAUCUUCUUUCUUUAAUUAAAUUCCCUCAUGUUGCGUU